AUGGCUGUUGGUGUUCAAUACUCCUUGAAUCGUAAGAACCGUUGGGAGCUCGAACCUUCUGAUCUCUUGGAGAACUUGGAAAGCGCCGAUGAUGUGAAUGUGUUGGUUACCAAAAGCGAAACCACCAUCGACCGUUAUCAUGCAGGUUACCACACACGUUGCAAAGCUCUCCAUACCAUGGAUAAAGAUGGCGUGAUUAAGUCUGCCAGUACUCGUGGUACCGGAGUUCAUCAGUCCGCUUUGCUUAAAGCAACUGGAGCCUUGGACAAUGAGAACGAAUCUGAUACUCCUGAUGAGAGAGGCAACAUCGUUUAUUGUAUGGAGACCCAACAUAAGAACGACCGCGUUUACUUCCAAAGAACUGAGAAGAAAAGAACUGGAAGAGGUAGCUGGAGAAACCCAAGAAGAAACAAAUUGGUGGAUAUGUCUGAGCUCGAACUCUCUGAAAUGGAAAACAGCGUCCAUUUGGAGGAAAACGAAACAUACAAGCCUAGCCGUGAUUUCAAGUUUUCGCUCGGUGACUUCAUCGAUGCCUCCACUACUGUUCCUGUGAACAUUCGUCGUCAGAGCAUCGAGAGUAUCAAGAACAUCGAAGAAAUCGAUAAGAAUGAACUCCCCAAAG